AUUUUGCCAUCGUUCUUCCUUUUAAUAAACGUAACCUGAUGAAUUGCAAGAGAGUAUGAAAUCAUGGAGGGCGCCAACCCAGCACAACACAAACACAGUCUCGAUCUCUCAAUAAAUCCCACCGUCUUCUCCAAAUUCCAAUUUGUAAAUAAAUAAAACUGGCUGCUCGAAUCGAGAUUCCAUUUGAAAUUCAUUGUCGGCGUUGAAUUGCCGGAGUAUGAUUGUAUACUCACUUGAAUAUAGCCGAAUAGUGGAGUAAUACAAGUUUCAAGGUUGGUUUGGAUUGAAGAAAUACGCGUGGUAGUAGAAUUAGCUGCGUAAUUGGUGGAGUGAUAUAUAAAGGCGGCGAGCUUCAAUUAGCUCGGGGAAAACGAUUUAUAUCAUGGCCGCCAAUGCACAAUCUCAGCAUCGCUGCGUUUUCGUUGGGAACAUACCAUAUGAUGCUACCGAAGAGCAAAUCACUCAAAUUUGCGAGGAGGUUGGGCCAGUUGUUUCGUUCAGAUUAGUUACUGACAGAGAAACCGGAAAACCAAAGGGUUAUGGAUUCUGCGAGUACAAGGAUGAAGAGACAGCUCUGAGUGCUCGUCGUAAUCUUCAGGGUUAUGAUAUAAAUGGCCGUCAGCUAAGAGUUGACUUUGCUGAGAAUGACAAGAAUGCUGACAAGAACCGGGAACAGGGAUGUGGUGGUCCUGGUGUUGGCCCAAAUGUUGAUGCUCCUAAACAAGUUGGGGGUCAAGCAGUCUUUGGACAUCCUAGUGUUCAUCUACCGGUAGGCGAUUCAGUUGCUACAGCUGCUGCAAGUGUCAUGGCAGGAGCUCUUGGAUUGGCUCAGACUGCUAGCACACCAAAUCAGAUCGGAGUACGGACCCCGUCCUUGUUAGGAACUGAUCCUUUGACUCAACAGUUGGCCAAAAUGUCGAGGAGUCAGCUGAUAGAGGUUUUUUCCGAAUUUAAGGCACUGGCUACACAAAAUAAAGAACAAGCCCGGAAACUAUUGCUCGCCAUCCCCAACUUGUCCAAAGCUAUUUUUCAGGUUGAGAUUAUUCUUGGGGUAGUCUCACCUCAAAUGUUGCAGACGCCCAAUAUUCGGCAAGCUUCGAGCCGACCAGUACAGUCUCUGCUGCAAAAUUCUCAAACUCUCUCUGGGCUACCCCCCCUUCCACAAAACAAAAUUCAAUUGGGUUUGAUGCCUUCUGCACAAGAUAGUCGAGUAUCUGCUGGUGUUCCAAACCAAUAUAACACACUCCAAAAAUUUAUUACACAUACUCAAAUUCAACAUCCACAAUUAAACCAGAACCAAGCCUUGCAGCAAGCUCAACUGGUUGCUCAAUUUGGAGUUUCCUCCCAUCCCUCUACACAUCCUCAGUCAUUGAUUGGUUUGUCAGCUGGACAACAAAUUCCAGUACCGACUUCUUCUCUCAACCAGCAAAUGCAACAUCCUAUUUCACAAAAUAUAGGCCCGGUUCCGUCCAGCAAUCCAGAGUGCAAUGCUGUGACAAGGUCUCAGACUGUUGCCACUCAUGCUUCUGUGCUCGUAAAUCCACAAUUUUCAGCAACAGGGAUUCAGCAUAGCACCUCAACAUCCUCUGUCAUGCCGGAAGAUAUGGAUAUGAAAGGACAUGCUCUAAAUAUCCCUAGUAAGACGAACCAGAUCGAUAGAGCACCAAAACUGGUGAAAGUGAAUGGUGGAAGCACUACUCCUUCACAGGUUGUGAACGUAACUUCACCUAUGUCCGCACCACUCCAGUUUUCGGGUGUUCCAGGAAGACGACCUCCAAAAAAUGAAAUUGCAGACACUGGGAAGCAAGCUACUCAGAUGCAACUUCUCCCGGACUUAGAUCCUUCAGUGCUUCAGCAACUGCUAAAUCUGACGUCAGAGCAGCUAAGUCUGCUGCCACCAGAUCAGCAGCAGCAAGUAAUGCAACUUCAACGGAUGCUCCGGCAGGCUACAUAGCCCAACAUUUUAGUCCCAAGAAUAGCAUAAGCUCUAUGAAUCUUUCUUCCAGUGAGUUUUAGAAGGGAAUUGCAAUUGUUUACUGUCAACUUUGCGAUUAAAGCAUUGUUAGGUGCACACUAAAUGCACGAGAGCUGUAUCAUUCAUGUAACGUUACGAGCUUGUUCUUGUAUUCGGAUGAACACACAUCAUUGAUUUGAGAAGAGGUUUUGGCUUAUGCUUCA